GGAGGAAAGUGAGCGCGGGCCAGUUUGUGGCACGUGCUGGCGGCAGCAACUUGCACUACUGGAUGGGGUUGCACAGUUGCUUCAAUGCGGUCCGAGCCGCUUCGGGUCGCUGGCUUCGGCAGCGUCCCCUCUGCAGGGCAUGGGGUCUGCAGGGAAGCUCCGGGAGGAGCUACACCGGCGGUUUCCCCCAGACCCCUCCAACCUUUGGAUUCCUCUUUGAUAUUGAUGGGGUGUUUGUCCGUGGCCAUGAGGUGAUCCCUGCUGCCUUGGAAGCUGUCCGAAAACUGGUUGACUCGGAAGGGCUUCUCCGAAUGCCAAUCGUUUUUGUCACUAAUGCUGGAAAUUGUGCACCACAUGUGAAAGCUCAGGAGCUGUCGAACUUCCUGGAUUUUCAGGUUGAACCAGAACAAGUAAUAAUUUCUAACAGCCCCUUGAAAUUCUUCUCGAAGUUCCAUAACAAGCGAAUGCUGGUAUCAGGGCAGGGACCUGUGGUGGACCAUGCCCGGAACUUGGGUUUCCAGAAUGUGAUUACUGUUGAUGAAUUGAGAAAAACAUUUCCUGUACUUGACAUGGUUGAUCUUGAACGACGGCCAAAGACUAUGCCUCCUUUGGUGACUGACUUCCCCCCCAUAGAAGGGGUACUUCUCCUUGGAGAGCCAGUCCGCUGGGAAACAAGUCUCCAACUUAUCAUAGAUGUCCUUCUCAGCGAUGGCAACCCUGGUACAGGACUAGCAAUAGCCCCCUACCCUCAUCUUCCUGUAUUGACCAGCAACAUGGAUCUCCUUUGGAUGGCUGAAGCUAAGAUGCCCAGGUUUGGCCAUGGAACCUUUCUUCUCUGUCUGGAGAGCAUCUAUCAAAAAAUAACGGGCAGGGAAUUGAAAUAUGAAGCCCUGGCAGGCAAACCCAACAUCACUACCUACCAGUAUGCGGAGUCCCUGAUCAGGAAGCAGGCAGAGAGAAGGGGCUGGGAGGCCCCCAUCCGUAGACUCUAUGCUAUUGGUGAUAAUCCAGUGACUGAUGUCUAUGGCGCCAACCUGUACAACCGCUACCUGCAGAACCACGGGAAGAGUGAAAUACAGGAACGCUAUGCCGUGAUCGAGAAAAAGCAGGGACCGCCACGGGCAGAGAGAUGCCUGUCCAUCCUCGUACGGAGUGGGGUAUACGAUCCUUCCCAGACACAAACAGAGACCGCAUUCCACGGCCACCGGGACUUCGUCUUUGACUCCAGCCUCUUAGAAGCCUCCCACGUGGUGGACGAUGUACAUGCGGCAGUACAGCUGGCUUUCUGCGAGGAGGGCUGGGAUCAUGUAUAGGAGGAAUGGCAGGUGGGAAGGAUAAAAGGUGUGGCUAAGAGAUGGGAGGAAAUAUGUUGAGGGAUUAAUGAAUAUUGAUUGCUGGGAAGUCCAUGCAAGAUAAUCAGCACAUCAUACGGAAUUCUCAGGGUCCGCUUACCCAAAGCCUCUCCAAACGGACCCUUCAGAAAUAAUGAUGAUUUUGGCCACAAGAGAGAGACUUUGCUUUUAGUCCUUUCCAUAGGAAAAUAGGUUAGGCAGCACCUUGGUGGAAAAGUUAGGAUUUCUGACUCUGAUACAGAGUGACUGUACAUUGUCAUGACUGGUCCCUUCACCUCUGUGCCUCAUUUUCACUGCAAAUUAAAUGGGAUUAGAUGUCUCUACAAAAGGAGGAAGGGAAGAGAAAAGUAAUCGUUUUAAAGGACUUUUGCCCUCAUUGAAAUAUGCUGUUGCAUGUGUCUAUAAAGUGUCACUAACAUUACAUAGUAUAUUUUGAAUGGUAUCCAGAGGACCUUGCACUGAUUUUUUAAAAUUAUUAAUACCGAAAUGAAAAUAAAUUUUCAUUAUCCUGUCUAGUAAGAGGUUCUUUAUCUAGAUGUUACAGCAAAGCUUCAUUAUUUGGGAGGAGGUUGUUGGUGAACUCAGGGGAAAGACUUUUGUAACAUUUUCCUUCCCAGAUAUGCUAUGACCUAAUUUCCCAUAGAAGGGUGUGUGAAUGUGUGAGUGCACGCUUGCCCGUGCACAUAUCUGUGCAGCAGGCUUUAUAGUCUGUUCUUGCUCUCCUUCAAUGAUUAUUUUGGGUGAUUAAACUUGUUUCUUUAUAGUAA